AUGGGCUCAUUGGACAUCGAACAGCCAGAAUACGAUGUCAUCAUCAUCGGCGCAGGCUUGUCAGGAUGCUACGCCUCGUAUCGCAUGCAGCAGCUGCAGUUGAAGCAAAAGGUCUUGGAGACGGGCACAUCUGUUGGUGGAACGUGGUAUUGGAAUCGAUAUCCCGGCGCCAGAUUUGAUUGCGAGUCUUACACAUAUGGCUUCUCGUGGUCAAAGGAGUUACUUGAGGAGUGGGACUGGACCGAGGAAUUUGCUCCGCAAGCAGAGACAGAGCGAUAUGUUCAGUUCAUAUGCGAUCGCUUCAAGCUGUGGCAGAAUAUGCAGUUCAACACCACAGUAGCCAGCGCACAUUGGGACGACGACAACACUCUGUGGAGAUUGACUGACCAACAUGACCGGAAGUACACCUCUCGCUUCCUGAUAACUGGCAUCGGUCUUCUCAGUGCACCAACUCUACCAAACAUUCGCGGCGUGGAAAGCUUCGCGGGCGACGCAUUCCAUACUUCGCGCUGGCCCAAAGAUCAGAUCACCUUCGAAGGCAAACGAGUGGGAAUCAUCGGUGUGGGCGCGACAGCCAUUCAGAUCAUACCCGAAAUCGCGAAGAGUGCGGAGAAGCUUACCAUCUUUCAACGCACACCGAAUUGGGCUAUACCGCUGCACAACUCCCCGAUCGACAAGGCGGCUAUGGCUAAGAUCAGGAAGGGAUAUCCUGAACUGUUCGAGAAGAUCAACAGAACGCGAUUGAGCUUUAUGCACGAUGGUAACCCAGCAUCGAUAUGGGAUGCUACGCCAGAGGAGAGGGAAGUUCUGUGGGAGUAUCUGUACGCCCAGCCAGGCUUCGGGUUCUGGGUCAGCAACUACAAGGAGAUCCUGAUUGACAGGAAAGCCAACGCGCUUGUCAGCGAUUUCGUCGCCAAGAAGAUCCGGCAGCGCGUGAAGGACCCGUGGACAGCAGAGAAGUUGAUACCUAAGACACAUGGUUUCGGCUUACGCAGAGUGCCAAUGGAGACGCACUACUAUGAAGCCUACAACCAAGAGAACGUGCAACUGGUGGACAUACUGGAAACGCCCAUCGACAGCAUAACAGACAAGACUGUCAAGACCACAGCGGCAGAGUACGAGUGCGACAUUUUGGUGUAUGCGACAGGCUUCUCAGCCAUCACCGGUUCUUUCGACGCAAUCGACUUCCGAGGCGUGAAUGGCACUCGCCUUGUGGACAAAUGGGCAGCUGGGCCAGAGACGUAUCUUGGCUUGACUGUAAAGGACUUUCCCAACAUGUUCAUGUCAAUCGGUCCACAUCAGGCAUACGGAAACAUCCCCAGAAGCAUAGAAUAUGCUGUUGGAUGGAUUGCCGACUGUAUAGCAUACCUCGAAAAGCAUCACAUCACGCGCCUUGAGGCUAGCGAGAAGAAGGUUGAAGAGUGGACAGAUCACGUCCACGACCUCGGCAAGGGCCUUUUGAGCAACGAGAUUGAUAGCUGGAUGACAGGAGUCAACAAGAAUCUCCCAGGAAAACAGAAGCGCGUCAUCGCCAGGUACUCGGGAGCCGCGCCGGACUUCAGAAGGACAUGCGAUGCGGUUGCAAGCGAGCAGUAUAGAGCAUUUGUCUUGUCAUAG